CGGUUUUGCUGUUGUUUGUACAACUUCGAUUGUGGGGGCGUUGUUUGUGCGAAGCAGAAUUUCUGCUGCCAAUAUCCCCUGUCGGAUUCCAACCACGGGGGUGAAUGAAAUACGGAUAUCGGCUAUGGAAAAACGAUUAUAGCAUCAUUGUGCAUCCGUUCGCGCGCGCUGAGCUCCUGUUCCACCGCUAAGCCAUUGGCCAUUCUCUAUCAGCAGUUGAAUCAGCCAUACCCCCUGGUUAGCCGGCUCGGGCGCACAACACCUCAUCGAAUUUGCUGCUAGCCAGUUUUGCUCGAACGAAUCAAUCAUCAAAAUCUAUACUGGUUUCUCUUUGUGAAUCGCCCCCAAUCGCGGCGAAUGCAACAAGAGGACCAUGAACGGGCUGUUGACGAACUCGGCGCGACGACAUCCACGACAACUACAGCAGUCACAAAAGAAUUUGCAUCGGCGCCGCCAUUUCGAGCGCCGCUUGCGUCGCGACGAGCGGUCAUCGCCAUACCUCUGACUUCUUCGUUUGAGAAGUCCGGAGGAGCCUACUACCGCUAGAAAAGACGACAGACACACAAAAAGUGAACGAAGUAAAGCGAGGACGGCGUGUCGUGGCCUACAUAUGUCCUUUUCUACGGCUGCCACUGUACGAACGACCGACCCCGUUUUCGCCCCCACCGCCAGAGUGAGUCGAAAACAAAAAGCGCGGGUCGUGUGUUUUUCGCAGCAAAAACCAUCUCGAAAAACCGAAACGAAAAAAGGAGAAAUAAGCCAUAGCGACGAGAUUGUUGCUUUUGUUUAUCGAUCUAUGUAUAUAUUUAUCUAUCAAAGUGCAACAUCAUAAUAUUGGUAUUACCAGAGGCCAUGGUUCACGAACCGUCACAUAAUAAUAAUAAUCAGCAAAAAUAACAAGUCGACCCUUGUGUCUGUUGUGUUUAUGCUGUCCCUUGCAUCGUGGGCACGGGACAAUUUCGGUGAGGCUGUGCUGCAGUUGUUCUUAGCUUGACCACCGGUAUUAUUCGACAACGCUUAUAAUAUUCGAUCAAGUGUUUUCGCCCGCAAGAACAAACAAAUUAAUAACAUAAACAGUACUCUGUCUCUGUUUUUGUUUCUUUUUGUGCAUUAGCUCAGUGUAGCUCGGUUAUUUUUUGUUUAAUCUCAGGUUAUGUGAGUGUAUUGUUCAUGAGUUUCGAGCAAGUGCGUGUAUUUAAGGGCGAACAACGGUACUUUCGUUCACUUGCGAAUCGCCCAUUCUGCUCAACGAUUUUACUCUGUGCGAAUAUUUUCUAUGAUGCCGACUACGACUGUGGUUGUUAAUCACGAUUACUAUCACCUGUAAACGACAGUUGUUUCUGUUGUGCCUCUCGACAGUAGCUUGUUCCUUUAGAGCAGAUCCAGUUCACCCUGUACCCAGCUGCUUGUUUGCCCAACUUCGUGUCCUCAGUCUGUCUGUCUGGCAAUUUUUUUGUGUCUGUCUGCGUGUGUGUGUUGCGUGUGUGAGAGUCUGUGUGCGAAAAGAUCAUACCACGAAGAAAGACGGCACGAUACUGACACCAUGGGGUUGUUCGAGCAACCUCAGCAGCAGCACCAACAACAACAGCGACACCAACAGCAGUUGCUAGAGAUGUCAAGUAGCAAAACCACUACCAGAAACAGCAGUAGCAGCAGCAGCAGCAGCAGUAGUAGCGGUAUCAAUAAAACGACGUCUUCGUCUUUGACUAAAAAUGCAACUGGCCCUCAUCUAAUUGGCAGUAGCACCAACUCGAGUAGCCAUCAUGGUCACAAUGAUAGCAGCAGCUCAAUCGUCAGCCCGAAGACAUCACCAGCAGUAGCGGCAGCAGCAGUCGCCGCGAUACCAACAGCUUCACCACUGUCGACAGCAACGGCGACAGGAACGAUGGUUCCGAGGACUCGAUUCUGGCAAACGUUCCUGCCGAAACUACAGUUUGAACCUAUGCUCGCCGGAAUCGCUGGAGGAGUAACCUCUACCCUAAUACUUCAUCCCCUCGAUCUGCUCAGGAUUCGCCUAGCAGUGAACGACGGUCAGCUCAAAACUCGGCCCCAAUAUCUGGGUAUUCGCAAUGCGUUAACGAAGAUCGUUCGUGAGGAGGGCGUGAAGGGUCUGUACCGUGGAGUGUUCUCCAACUGCAUCGGAAAUGGAACCUCCUGGGGCCUCUACUUCCUCUUCUACCAUUCGAUCAAAAACUAUAUGCUCAACUCUCAACGCAGAGCAGAGCGGAAUCACCCGAGUGGCACGCAAAAAGAUGUCGAACAUCUCGGUCCUGCAAGGCACAUGCUGGCCGCAGCAGAGGCAGGUUGCAUAACACAAGUAAUCACCAAUCCACUGUCGAUGGUGAAGACGCGGUUAUGUCUUCAGUAUUCUGACCAUUACAUGAAUGUGCCGGCGACCAAGAGAUACAGCGGCAUGGUGGAUGCUUUUCAAAAGGUUGUCAAGUAUGAGGGCUUCAGCAGUCUAUAUAAGGGUUUACUACCUGGUGUCUUUAACGUAGCGCAUGGAUCGAUUCAAUUUAUGGUCUACGAGGAACUGAAGGCCGAGUACAGCUUGCAUAGUUGUCCUUCCUCAAAACAGGUCAAUCGACAUCGUCUGACGACCAAGGAGUACCUGAUUUUUGCCGCCAUAUCAAAGCUUAUCGCCGCCGCAGUCACCUAUCCUCAACAGUUGAUUCGUGCUCGCUUGCAGGACCAGCAUGUGCAAUAUUCUGGCUUUUUAGAAGUGGUCCGAAGAACCCAGCGCGCUGAAGGGAUUAAAGGCUUCUACAAAGGUUUUGGGGCGUAUUCAAUUCACGUGACGCCUAACAUCUGCAUCGUAUUCUUAAUAUAUGAAAAGAUGUACCCGUCUAAAGAUUAGAAUUUAUAAAUUGAUGGGUAAGUACAGUGUAUUUGGCCGUCGUAUCGGUUAAUGAUUAGUCGCUGAAUGGACAGCAUACGUACGCUUUGAAGUUGCGAACCCGUGUCGCACACAUGGCCCCGUACCAGGCUCUCAGUGCGGUACAGGACAGGUCUACAAUCACCUAAGGCAAUUGGAUAAGCCAUUACGAUGAUAGCGAUGCAAUUACGCCGACACACAGAAGAGGCAAAACGGACCACAGACAGGAAACAGCCAAGUGCACGAACAACGUUGGCGCCAAGGCAGGAAAGUCGGGUUCCCGUUCAUUUCACAAGGGGAAAAGUAGGAACUCACAAGCUCUAAGCACGGGCAUCGUAGAAUGGGCGGUCAUUUUCUUAAAGAGUCCACCCACAGUUGUGGACUUUGGAAGAUUAUACGUAUGCAAGCUUGGGUGUUUUGGAUAGAAAGAAAAAUAAUUGAGUGCUUCUAACUGCUUUUCUCGCUCUCCCCUUUUUUCCAUGGAUUUGAAUGCAAUUCGUGGGAGCCCCGAAAGGAAAAGCGAAGCUCUACAACGCCGUCGAGGUUUUUAUUCGUUAGCAAGGCCCCAAUUCGUCGACAGUUGUAGUAAAGUGAGGAAACAAAAUUAUAUAUGGCUAAAAGCCGAGCUGACUACGACUCGCUUCAAAUACCUGUGUGUAGUAAUAUGCUAAUCAACCGUUUUGAUUUUAACUUGACAAGUAAAAUUUGUCAAGAUAAUGAUGUGAACGAAACCAAACAGACCACACCAAAAGUUUUGUAAUUGUUGUUUUUACCAAAAAAAACAUCAACUGAUUUCAGCAAUUAAAUCUAUUGGAAGAAGCUGACAAAUUACUAGAUUUCUUAAUAGUUAGUAGUGGUUAACGGUUUUUUGUUAGGUAAGAAAUAAAAAAAUCGACGGUCGAGGUCGUCGUUGUUACUGUUGUUAACCCUUGUAUUAACCGACCGUCAUUUAUAUAUAUGUCUUUAGAAUAUAGAAAAUAUCUCAAAAAUUGAAUACGAUGAAGAGAAAGGGCCCUCUCAAGAGACUAAAGUUGUGUUAUUGUAUUUGAAAGGUGUAUAUCUGUGAAACUGAAGUGUGGGUAAAGACGAAAAUUCAUAUAUAUAUAUAUAUAUAUACAUAUAUAUAUAUAUAUAUAUAUAUAUAUAGAGAGAGAGAGAGAGAGAGAGAGAAAGUGGUACUAGCAAUUGCCUAUGAUGAUUACUUUUAAUUAUAAUAUUACGAGAACGACUAUGAAAAUCAUAUAUUAGUAAACGUAGCAUGUUAAAAUUAUAUCAACAAUAUGAUAAAUGUGACCGAUUCUAUGAUUUCAAUUUUUCAAUGACUUAGAGGAACGAAUCGACGAGCCAGGGAGUCAGUUCGCGCGCUCGGCGGGCGUUCUGAAUUGUCAUUUAAUGCUCCCUCCGUUCUUCACUAGUGAAUACUUAUGAAAAUGUAAUAAUCGAAGAGUCAUAACGCAAACAACAUAGCAAUCAUAGAAAAGCAUGUGCAUGUUUAAAGCUGUGUUGAGGAAACUUUCGAAGGUUGACCGUGAUCACUUGUGAAUAGCUACGGGAUUACAGAGUUUUGUUGAUGUUUAGAGAGAAUAUUGAAAAAAACGUAGAGGUCGUCUUAAAAGCGUCCGUUAUCUAUGGAUACGUACGUGUGCAGAAUGGAAAGUGCAAUUAGUCCGAUGGAUUUAUCAAGGUUUAUAUUAGCAAUAAUCGUAAUGAAAUAAUUUCUAAUUUUGCCAUAUUUAAUAAAACUCUACUGUUUGGUCCCUUUAGGGAAACACUGA